ACAAAACGCAGUUUUUUCCUUCUCAUUUCUGUCGUCUCCCUCAUUCUCUAUUCUUCCAAAUUCCCUCUUUGCUCUCUCUCUCUCUCGCCUUCUCUUUCCAAAACCCUCGAGAAGAAGCCACGAUCCAUGGCCUCAUUUGCUCGCCGAGCGGCGCAGAUAGCUCAAAUUUCAUGCGCAAGAACUUCUUCUCAAGCAGUUUCAUUUACUCAGCGCCGUGGUCUCGCUGGCGCCGCUGAACACCACGGACCUCCAAAGGUUAACUGUUGGCAAGACCCUAUGAACCCAGCUAAAUGGAAGGAAGAGCACUUUGUAAUCGUCUCCUUGUCUGGUUGGGGUCUACUUUUCUUUGGAGGAUACAAGUUCUUUACUAGAGGCAAAGGCAAGAAUGAAGAGAAAAUGGUGGAAGCUGCACACUGAGGUUGGAGUUUUUAAUUUCACAAUGUUCCUGGUAAUAAUGUCAUUGGUUGGAUCUUUAAUCACUGGAGGUUUCCAUUUCUUUGUCAGCAGCAUAUACUCUGCUACACUCUCUUUUAAUGGUUUCCGGGAGAGGUAUCUGUAUCGAAGGCUAAAGUUUAUUUUUCUGGGAGUGAAAUCACCCUGUUUCAUCUGCUA